AUGGCCCGAACGCAUCCCAGCUCCUUCCAGCAACUGGAAAAGCUUGGUGAAGGAACCUAUGCCACGGUCUACAAAGGCCGAAACUGCCAGACAGGGGAAAUGGUGGCGUUGAAGGAGAUACACCUCGACUCAGAAGAAGGGACACCAUCGACAGCAAUUCGCGAGAUUUCGCUUAUGAAGGAGCUCCACCACGACAACGUCCUAUCGCUCUACGACGUCGUCCACACCGAGAAUAAGCUCAUGUUGGUUUUCGAAUAUAUGGACCAGGACUUGAAGCGCUACAUGGAUACCCACGGCAAUCAUGGCCAACUGGAACCCUCAAUCAUAAAGUCAUUCUCCUUUCAGCUCCUGCGGGGUAUAGCCUUUUGCCACGACAAUCGAAUUCUCCACCGCGAUCUCAAGCCCCAGAAUCUACUUAUCAACUCCAAGGGCCGACUCAAGCUCGCCGACUUUGGCCUCGCGCGCGCAUUCGGAAUCCCAGUCAACACAUUUUCCAACGAAGUAGUGACACUUUGGUACCGCGCACCGGACGUGCUUCUCGGAAGCCGCACUUAUAAUACUAGCAUCGAUGUCUGGUCAAUCGGUUGUAUCAUUGCAGAGAUGUUCACCGGCCGCGCAUUAUUUCCCGGCACAACAAAUGAGGACCAACUUCAGAAAGUCAUCCGCAUCAUGGGUACCCCAACCGAGCGCACCUGGCCAGGUGUGUCGCAGUUUCCGGAGUACAAAAGCAAUUUUCCCGUCUACGGUCCUCAAGAUCUCCGGCAUAUUGUCCCUAGAAUCGAUCCAUUGGGUCUCGAUCUGCUUAGGUGUAUGUUGCGUCUUCCGCCGGACCUGCGCAUCAGCGCUGCCGAUGCACUACGACACCCCUGGUUCGAUGACCUUCCUGGAGCCCGGUCCGUCUCUUCGUAA